GUCUUUUUCCCCCUUGUUUAGGGACCUCGGUGGCUGAGACAAUUUCCUGGGGCAGGUGAUCAGAGCCACGGCGGGGGCAGUGGGAGCAGGGGACAUGAAACAGCCCCCAAAGCCUCCUCUCUUUCCGGCAGGCCCCUCUGGACAUAGGUUCUGAACAGCUGCCUCUAGCCGCCAUGUCCUUCUCUGCCCAUGUGGUCGAGUGGCGUGGGCCUGGCACGGGCACACUUUGAGAAGCAGCCUCCCUCCAACCUCAGGAAAUCCAACUUCUUCCACUUCGUGCUGGCCAUGUAUGACCGGCAAGGGCAGCCCGUGGAGGUGGAGCGCACGGCCUUCAUCGACUUCGUGGAGAAGGACCGAGAACCUGGGGCUGAAAAGACGAACAACGGGAUCCAUUACCGCCUCCGGCUGGUGUAUAACAACGGACUUCGGACAGAGCAGGACCUCUACGUGCGGCUCAUUGACUCCAUGUCCAAGCAGGCCAUCAUCUAUGAGGGGCAGGACAAGAACCCAGAAAUGUGCCGAGUGCUGCUCACCCAUGAGAUCAUGUGCAGCCGGUGCUGUGACCGGAAGAGCUGUGGCAACCGGAAUGAGACGCCCUCAGACCCCGUUAUUAUUGACAGGUUCUUCCUCAAGUUCUUCCUCAAAUGCAACCAGAACUGCCUAAAGAACGCAGGGAAUCCCCGAGACAUGCGUCGCUUCCAGGUGGUGGUGUCCACGACCGUGAGCGUGGACGGACACGUAUUGGCCGUGUCUGACAACAUGUUUGUGCACAACAACUCCAAGCAUGGCCGCAGGGCGCGCCGCCUGGACCCCUCCGAAGCUGCCACCCCCUGCAUAAAGGCCAUCAGCCCCGGGGAGGGCUGGACCACAGGCGGCGCCACCGUCAUUGUCAUCGGCGACAACUUCUUCGAUGGGUUGCAGGUCGUGUUCGGGAACGUGCUCGUGUGGAGCGAGCUCAUCACCCCCCACGCCAUUCGGGUGCAGACGCCCCCGCGUCACAUUCCCGGGGUGGUGGAGGUGACCCUGUCCUACAAGUCCAAGCAGUUUUGCAAAGGAGCCCCGGGUCGCUUUGUCUACACCGCCCUGAACGAACCCACCAUUGACUACGGAUUCCAGCGGCUACAGAAGGUCAUUCCCAGACACCCCGGAGAUCCCGAGAGGCUGCCCAAGGAAGUGCUGCUGAAGAGGGCGGCCGACUUGGCGGAGGCCCUGUACGGAGUGCCCGGCAGUAACCAGAACCCUCAUAGCCCCAGUGAGAUCUGGGCCUGGGGUCAGCAGCCCACACUGCUCACUCUGGUGCUGUCUCCCUGUUGUGUCUCCCACUGCCUUCCCUACUGCACCUGCCCCUCCCCGCCCCGCCCCGGAGUCAUGCCCUCUAGCCCCCCGCUGGCUGCUGCCUCCUCCAUGUCCCUCCCGGCUGCUGCCUCCACCACCAGCGUCUUCUCCUUCUCACCUGUCAACAUGAUCUCCGCUGUCAAACAGAGGAGCGCCUUUGCCCCUGUGCUGCGCCCACCCAGUUCCCCACCCCAGGCCUGCCCCAGAGCCCAUGGAGAGGGGCUUCCAGACCAGCCUUUUGAGGAUUCUGAGAAGUUCCACUCUCCAGCCCGGGGGCUUCAGGGCCUGGCGUACUCCUAAUUACGGUCUGCAAGUCGGGCCCCUGCUGGCCUGGACUGAAGGUCCUUCCAGGAUUCACACCCAGGUCCUGAAUGGCAGCACAGACAGCUACAGGGUCAGGGCUGUGGACAGACCUCAUCCCAUGGGCCUGAAUGGGGAGAAGACUUCCUCCCCGUGCUCAAGGCCCUCCACCCCAGCCCCAUAGGCUUCUUUCACCUCCCUUUCUUGGAGCUGGUCAGAAGCCCCAGCACUGUGAUGAUGCUCUUGGCAGGAGAGCAUCCCAGGGAGGCGCUGGGAUGCAGGACUUUAUUCUCUGGGUUGAUUGAUGUGGAAGAGAUGGACUUUGUGCAGACCUGAAGCAUUGGGUGACAGGAGCAUGGGAAAGGGGGACUGUGGGAAAGAGGAUAGCUCAGGGAGAGGUCGCCUGGGAAGGUCCCAUUUGUGUCUGGCCCAUCUCACUGGCCCAGCAUCCCACUUCUCUCUAAGGCAAGGGAGAUACCCAGCAGCCUCAGGAGGCUAGCCCAGGCUCCCAUGGAGCUUCCAACGGCCGCUUAACCCCAUGGCUGCCCCACUCCCAUUGUGGCCUGCACUCUCAUGCUUGCUGCAUCAUGAAUCCCAGUGGGGGCUUCGGGCAUGGCAGUGCAGAAGAGGGGGUGCCAGGCCUCCUGAAUUGUGGGCCUUCCUCCAAUCGUCUCAAGGAUUCUGCCCCCCCCCAUGACUGCUGGUCCCACAAAACCAUGGAAUAGGCCCAGCUGCCCCUGGACUCACAUUCUGCUCUGCUGGGGUUGGAGAAAACAGAACAAUAAACAGAUGCAGGUGGCCACCCGGCCUCCUGCCUGCUUCCUUGG